UCGUGACGCCGCAGUCUCGCGAGAUGAGACUUGUGACGUCGAGUUUAGCUGUCCGCCAGGAGCUGGGUAUCAACUGCUUUGCGGGACGUUUAAGCGGUGCUCUGUGACUGCGAGCUGUGUUAGGAAAAUCGGGUCUGCUUGGCGUGACUCCCGUUACAACGCUGACAAGAAGAUAUCUUUCCAUAGGAUACCAGCCUUUCAUGUGGAACCCCAGAGGCAUAGAGAUUGGCUGAACAGGAUACGGCGGGAGCCAGGGCCUACAUUUAAGAUAUCCAGUUGUACCAGAGUCUGUUCUAAGCAUUUUCUUCCAUCUGAUUUUGUGAGGACAUUAACAGGGAAACGGAAUCUAAAGCCGUCUAGUGUGCCAUGUAUAUUUCAGUGGACAAACAAUCAGGAGAUGGAGCAUGAGGCACCGAUUCCUAAGCGCACUGUUAAAAAUACUCUGCAACCUAUUUUGCCUACACAAGUUCAAGCACCAAAAACAAGACCAUCCAUAACAGCAGAGCGGACUGUCUCUGUCCUUGACCACUGCUAUGAUCUACCACCGAAAACAGACACUGAAAUGCUGCAUGCAGCACGUGAAGAGAUAGCAAGGUUACAACAACGCAGCUCUGCUUUGGAGAAGAAUAGAUUCUUUGUGGAGAGAUUUUCCAGUGAUUCAAGCCAUAUUAACUUCUAUACAGGAUUUAAGGACUAUAAUACUUUUAAAGAUGUGUUUAUAACUUUGACUCAAGCUGAAGGAAACAUGAUAAAAUGGAGGCAGUGCCAACACAAAGGGGACACCUCAGUCACAGAGGACUUGGGUACAGAGGAAGAAUCUAUGUUGGUCAUUGAUCAGUUCUUCCUGUUCUUGUGCAAAGUACGCCAGGGAUUCUAUGAUCAGGACUUGGCGGUUAGGUUUAACAUAUGCCAAUCUAGAGUCACCAGAAUUAUCAUCACAUGGGCUAACUAUUUGUACCUUGUUCUAGGUGAAGUACCAUUGUGGCGAAGUAGGCCCUCUGCUAGCCAAGAUGUUCCCGAUUGUUUUAAGGCUUCAUAUCCUCAAGCCAGGGUAAUUCUUCACAGUGCAGAAAUCAAAGUUCAGACUAAUAACCCUUCUAGUGUAUCAUCUCAGCUUUACUCAUAUUACCGAAGCCAGACAACUUAUAAAGGUUUACUGGGAAUAGCACCCCAUGGUGCUGUAAUUUUUAUAAGUCCAUUGUACUCUAGCUCUGCAUCCAAAAGAGACAUCACAAAAUCAUCUGGAAUAUUGGAUUUGUUAGAACCAAAUGACUUGGUCAUUACAGAAACGGACUUCCACAUACAGGAUCUUGUGGAGACAGCAGGUGCAGUUUUGGUGAUACCACCUAUUAUCACAACUGCUGGUUCACCAGAAGAAUAUGGAGAAGCAACAGUCAUGUUAACUCAGUCUUCAGGAGAGCAAAAUACCAUGAUUAUUUUAGCACCAUCAGUUGAAGAUGAGCAAGAGACACUAGUUGUUACAACCUCUGCUGGGCUAGAGGAUGCAGUAGUAGAACUUGGCCAGUCAGCGGAAGAGGAGGAUGAAAGUGAUGGAAUUGUGCCAGAAGAGAAGGUUCUUGCAGGGCAUUCAGAAAAUAUAGAAGAUGUUUCAGAAGAACAUGCCAUAAUGGAAACUGCAAAUCCUAAAGAGAAUUUUAAGGAUAAUGAAGCAGCAAAGGUUGCUCAUUAUACUAGAGAAGAGGUGGUUGAAUCUUUUCAAGAAACUGAGAGGGUUGUUGGUGAUGGUACAGGGCUGGACAAAGAAAUAAAUACCCUAGCUCGUUUAAGGAUUUGUGUUGAUCAAGAUAUAGAGCGGGUUAGGCAGUAUCACCUCUUUGAUAAGGUUCUGCCAUUUACUUUAACAGGAGUGGCUAAUCAGAUAUGGGCUGUGUGUGCUAUGCUAACUAACAUCAAUGGAUCACUGAGUUAAGAUGUGGAACAUGUUAAAAUACAAGAUAAGUACCUAUCAUGUAAACCAUAUAUCAUCAACAAAGCUAGCCAAAACCACCGGUUCUGUAAGUUGUGGGAUGUGCCUUUCUAAAGUGCAUUGAAUCCGAGCAGACAACAUGCAUACAAAUUGGCCAUGAACACUCUUUACAUAAAUAAUCUACGCAACCUCUAUUGUGCAGCUGGCUCCAUGGUUUUUUUAGCGUUUUUUGGCAGAACUGCUCUGGGGUCUUUGGGAACAUUCCGAGUGUAUUGUUACACGGAAAACUAUUCUUUGUAGCUUUAUUUUCCUAGCUGAGGUGUGCAGCCAUGGCCACUUGAAUUAUCAAUGUCAGGAAUGAAAAGGAACAGCACAUACAACAGGUAAUGGGGAACUGGAAAGUGUCCACCCAGAUUAACAGUACUUUAUCAAUAUAAAAUAUCAAUGCGCGUUUGUGUAAUGAUAGCAAUGUCUAUAUAAAUAUUCCCAGCACUCUAUGGGCACAUGCAGACAACUGUGCAUCUUUCAUUAUAUGCUAGCUUACAGUCAGUGUCUCUAAAGUAUUAAAACCUGAAUCUUUUGUAUAUAGCUUUAUCACUUUAUUCUUCUUUUGGAAACAAUGCAGUUUUUUAUUUGCAAACUAUAACCAAUAACUUUACCAAAUCACUUAAACAGCAGAGCAGCUUUCAGAACUCAUUUUCAUUGUCGCAAAACAGUGCUCAUACAAAUACAUCCUGUUAAAAGAAGUUUUCAAAAAUGUAUCUCCAGUCUUAUGUAUGUUUACAAGUUAAACAAAGCUGUGGGCUUGUGUUGCAUUUUAUAGCAUCACCUUUAAACUAUUUUCAUAUUUUUUCCCCCUUAGACUCUUGUAUUGUAAGCAUACAAUAAUAUUCACCAUUUUCAGUGGAAUAAAAAUUCUUUUAUGAUUAUAUUGUAUCAAUAUAAAAUAAAAGACAAUUUUUUUAUGAAAA